CACGGUAGUUGGUUUCCGCUUCCGUGGGGGAAACGGAGGCGUACUCUUCCAUUUUAUAAAAAUCAAGUUAUCUAUUUCGUUACGUUUCCUGCGGGUCUCGCCUCCUCCCUUUACUUAACCAACCCCCAAUCCCCCACUCUUUCCCCAACCCACGCCCUCCCGUCCCGUCUCCCCGCCGCCUCCUCCUCCUCCGCGUCGCAAACCCUCGCCCAAAUCCGCCGAAUCCCGCGACCCAGGAACCAAGGUAGAUCGAUGGCGAAGAGCUCGUUCAAGCUGGAGCACCCGCUCGAGAGGAGGCAGGCCGAGGCUAACCGCAUAAGGGAGAAGUACUCUGACAGAAUUCCUGUGAUCGUUGAGAAGGCUGGGAAGAGUGAUAUUCCUGACAUUGACAAGAAAAAGUACCUUGUCCCUGCCGACCUUACAGUUGGACAGUUCGUGUACGUUGUCCGGAAGCGGAUCAAGCUCAGUGCUGAGAAGGCGAUCUUCAUCUUUGUGAAGAACACUCUUCCACCGACAGCUGCCCUGAUGUCUGCCAUUUACGAGGAGAACAAGGACGAGGAUGGCUUCCUCUACAUGACCUACAGCGGUGAGAACACCUUCGGAUUGCUCUAGAUGGCGCUGGCUGCCACGGCAAUCGCUCUGAAUGCCUCCUGUAAAUAAGGCGUGCCAAUCAACUGUGUAUAUAUUCCGGUUUGCCUCGUCGUAGGAUCUUUAAAUUGCACAACCAAGAAAAACCUAUUCGUAUCCUGACUUAUCCUAUUUGAAUGUUCUGACUUAUAUAUAUAUAUCAAGUAAUCGACUCUGAAAUUUGGUAAAA